UCCGUAUUGGCCAAAUGUGUGUGUUUGAAUCAAAGGCGGGUUUUACGUGUUAGUGACCGUUGCUGUUUACAUGUCAGUUGGUUGAUGUUAGAUUCGGGUGUUCGAACUCGUGAAGUUGUCAGUGCGUAAAACUUCUGUGUAUAGAGGGAGAAGGCAUUCCACAUCGGACCUCAAAAUGGAGAGUGAUGCACUACUGGAAAUGAACCGAAUGGAAUUAAGAUCUGGGAGAAACCUUGUAAAAUGUGCAGCUGCUGACUCCAUGGAACUUGCUGGUACCUCUACUAAUUCAAAAGAAACUAUGCAGACACCAGUAAGGAAAUCUUUUCAUAUUAAAAGAAGUAUAGGGAAGGAAAAAGAAAAUGAAGAACCAGGUGCACCCUUUAUCUCAGUAGAAAAUUUCCCAGAUAGAAAAUCAAGCCAAAGAAAAUCGAAUAAAAGGAAGAGCAAAUGGGAGGAAGAAAAUGAAGGAAUGGUUGUAACCAGUCAUUUGGCAGAAAAUGCACAGACUCCAAACAGUAAGUUGAGCCUUACCAAGAAAAGAAGGAAGAGCAUGCAAAUUUUAAAUGAACAACCAGCCAUACCCUGUGAAUCAGUUGAAAAUUCUCUGGAUGGAAAAACAAGCCAAAGAAAAACAAAUAAAAGGAAAAGCAAGUUGGAAGAAGAAAAUGAAGGAAUGGAUACCUCCGUGGUUUCAAAAGAAACUACACAGACUCCAACAAGGAAAUCUAUUCAUAUUAAAAGGAGUGCAGAAAAGGAAAAUGAUGAACCAGCUGUAUCCUGUUUCUCAGUUGAAAAUUCUAUGGAUAGAAAAUCAAGCCAAAGAAAAACAAAUAAAAGGAAAAGCAAGUUGGAGGAAGAAAAUGAAGGAAUGGCUAUAACCAGCCCUUUGGCAGAAAAUGCGCAGAUUCCAAACAGUAGAAUGAGCCUGACCAAGAAAAGAAGGAAGAGCAUGCAAAUUGUUAAUGAACAGCUAGAUACCUCCACUAUUUCAACAGAAACGACACAGACUCCAACAAGGAAACCUAUCCAUAUUAAAAGAAGUGUAGGGAAGGAAGAGCAGAAUGACGAACCAGCAGGUACCCCCACGAUUUCAACAGAAAUGACACAGACUCCAACAAGGAAACCUAUCCAUAUUAAAAGAAGUGUAGGAAAGGAAGAGCAGAAUGAUGAACCAGCAGGUACCCCCACUAUUUCAACAGAAAAGACACAGACUCCAACAAGGAAAUCUAUCCAUAUUAAAAGAAGUGUAGGGAAGGAAGAGCAAAAUGACGAACCAGAUAUACUUUGUAUCUUGGUUGAAGAUUCUCCUGACAGGAAAUCAGGUAAAAGAAAAAUGAGUAAAAGGAGGAGCAAGUUGGAGGAACAAAAUGAAGGGACAGAGGUUAGUGAUCUUGCACCGCCUUUACAAGAAUGUGGGACUACUUCUACACAUAUGACAGAAAAUAUAGAAAGAAAUGAUGAACUUUUAGUGCCAAUUACUGAUCAGAAUGAGGAGGGAUAUUGCCGAAAUUCUGAACAGUACAUUUGAAGUGGCUGAACAAGAUUCCAUUCUUCAGACACCUCCUCGCAAACGUUCAGUUAGGUUUGCAGCUGCAGUAGAAACAGCAUCUUUUUCUAGCUCUGUGGACGGUACUCCAAAAUUUUCAACUCCAGUUUCAGU